CAGUACAAAUACGGUGCCGGAAUUCAUUACUAAUGUAAUUUAAAUUUCGUCCCGUCCUAGUCAGUCGAUUUUCUGGCUCCUUCCGUUACUAUGCUGGUUGUCGUCUUUGUGUCUCGGAAGUCAUUAUUUCUCGUGUCGUUUGUAAUCAUCUCUGCGGCGUUGUUCUCUUGCUGUUUCGCCUCGACUUUCACCGUUACCAAUAACUGCCCGUUCACGAUAUGGCCGGCGACGCUGUCCGGGUCCGGGGCGCCUCCGCUUCCGACGACCGGGUUUCAGUUGGACUCCGGCGAGAGCGUGAAGAUUCCGAGCGCGGCGGGGUGGUCGGGGCGCAUUUGGGCUAGGACUGGGUGUACUUUUGACGCGUCGGGCGUUGGGUCUUGUCAGACCGGGGAUUGUGAAGGGAAGCUGGAAUGCGGUGGCAUGGGCGCCACCCCGCCGGCCUCCCUCUUCGAGAUAACGCUGGGGCAAGGGGACGUUAAAGACUUCUACGAUGUUAGCAUCGUCGACGGAUAUAAUUUGCCGAUGGUUGCCGCGCCGCAGGGAGUGCUCGGAGGAUGCAACGCCACCGGCUGCCUUUCCAAUCUCAACAUGGGUUGUCCGAAAGAGCUUCAAGUGUACGGCGGCGAGGGCGAGGGCGAAGUAGUUGGGUGCAAGAGCGCGUGCGAAGCAUUCGGGCUAGCCCAAUACUGCUGCAGCGGCGAGUUUGCCAAUCCCUCAACCUGCAAGCCGUCGUUCUAUUCAACCAUCUUCAAGCGAGCUUGUCCCAGGGCUUACAGCUACGCCUUUGACGACGGCACCAGCACCUUCACCUGCAAAGCUUCCGAAUACGCCAUCGUCUUCUGCCCCACCGGUGCCAUACGCUCGCCGCCGGCCGCAGAAACCGCCAACCAGAAGUACGUAAUGACGACGGAUUAUUCUUCGCCGGUUUCGUCCUCGGCAACCACGGCCCUCCACCCCCUCCUAACAUUGGUUCUCAUCAUGUUUAUCACGUACCUUAUUUUCUGCUAACAAAAUCAUAUAGCAUGCUUGAGCUGAUGAUGAAUUGAAACCUCUGCUUUUCAAGUCGGUGGAAUCAUGGUGGAUGGGUAUUUAGGCUGUGUUGAAUCUCUGGAAA